AUGAGUACAUCCAUUGAUCCUACCGACUACAUCGAAGUCGAGCACGGCAGUUUACGCUUCCUGGAUGAGAAACAACAAGGAAAGUUCGAACUUGGUGUUUGUAUGGCUGUUUACAAGUGGGAGGAAUUAGCCACGGCCGUGGAGAAUAGCUGGGGUGGACCUAAGUCCAAUGAGAAACGAGAUUGGAUUUCUGGUAUUGUUAUUGAAUUGUUUGAUGAGAAAGCUGUAGAUAUUCAGUUGAUUGAAGAGACUUUGCUCUAUGCCAUGGUUGAUGAAUUUGACACUGAAGUUGAUAAUGAUUCUGCCUUGGAGAUUGCUGCUUUGAUUAUGAAGUUCUACAAAGACGUUACUGUUCAUAAUUAUACCGACAUUGAUCAGUUGUAUAACAGAUGGCAAGAGAAGCAGAAUUCUGGACAGCAUCAAUCUCACAAAGUUACAGUUGAAUCUGAUCCAAACAAUCCAGAUGUUUCCGAUAGUGAAGAGGAAGAAGAUGAAGAAGAGCACCACGAAGGUUGCAAUCACGAUCACGAGCACGAUCACAUGGAAAUUGACGAACCUGCUGGUCCAGUAGUUGAUGAAGAUGGAUUUGAGUUGGUUCAAAGUAAGGGAAGAAGAAGAAGAUAG